GCAAACAAUAUUAAGUUAUAUGACUACAAAAGCCUUGUCUCGAGCUCAAGAAUCUAGCUGUAACACCCCGAUAUUUUUAGAUCUUUUCGUUUCUUGUGAAUAGAUUGAAGGGGAAGCUAUAGUGAGAUUGGUUUUCUUCGUCGUUCCGGGAGGGCUUUGUAACAUUUUCCCUGCAACUCUUGCCCAUUUUGUCUCAUAGAUAUCGUUCACAGCACGACACAAUUUGUGCAGAAUCUUGAGGUGGAAAAUCUGAAGGAAUUAAGGAUUCAUAUACAUUUUUUUUCUCCUCUCAUAUUCCUCCUUGUCUUCUUUAAACGUGUACCCUCCUUUGUCGGUAUUGCCAAACUAUAUCCCCACAGCAAUGUCAAUCGCAGGAUUGGAUUCCAUGAUGGACCAGGCCAUCUCUGUCAUUACGAACGAUGGACGUAACAUAGUGGGUAUUUUGAGGGGCUUUGAUCAGGCCACAAAUCUUAUUCUUGAUGAAUCCCAUGAACGAGUUUACUCCACUACAGCAGGGGUAGAGCAACUUGUCUUGGGAUUGUAUAUCAUCCGAGGAGAUAAUAUCGUUGUUGGAGAGUUAGAUGAAGAGCUCGAUUCAAACCUCGACUUAUCCAAACUCAGAGCACAUCCACUAAAGCCUGUUGCUCACUAAUUAAGGUGGGAUCGUGAUGUAUUAUUCAUUUGUUAUGUCAUCAGCGAUUGGAAACAGGGAAUCAGUUCAUGAAUUCAAGCUCAUGAAUUACAGUGAUAUGGUUUACUACAGCAAUUGUUGAAGCUCAAAUGUAUGCUAUCAGUGGCAUUCUUGUACAAUGGUAAUUUCAAAAGGCUGACUACUUUCCACCUCGAUGCAUAUGGAGUAGCGUCUGGUUUAUAUUGUUUCCGUCAGACUAUUUGAUUACUAUAUCAACAAGUUCUAGGAUCUAUACUUUUUUAAUAUCUAUUUUUUGCCAGUAGUUGAAGAGUAGUCUCAAAAUGCAAUUGUUUAGUAGGUCAAUACUAUUUAUACAAAAAAUCCUAUAGACAGAAGAUUUAACCUCUUACAGAAAAAAGGUUGACCGAUGCACACGGGUCAUCCAUAUUGGAGUUAUUCACAAAAGAUGACACUUUAUUUUCAAUCUUGGAUUUAAAGUCUAUAUAGAGAAACAAAUAUGUAGUGAAACUGCAACUCUUUUUAAUGAGUGUUGUUAUACUGAUGUUAAUUUA